AUGGAAACGCCGCAAGGGGAGGAGCUCUUGAGGAAGAUCCAAGAACUGGAAGUAGGGCAUGAGCAUCUCAUGCGAGAAAUGUCAAGGUUAAAACAAUCCGGUGGUGAGUCAAUUCACGACUCAACUCGUCGAGGAUCCCACCGUACUUCCCCUCAACGGCCGUUAUUUCUCGGGGACACGUUGGCUGCUGCCGGUUCUGGUUCUGUUCGACUUCAGUCGCAAAUAGAGAGCGGGAGCUGCGGCACCUCAAAUGGCCACGGAGGAAGAACAAGAACCGGGAAUUCAUGGACAGCGGCCGCUAAUUUGACUAACAGUCAGUUUUUAAAUAUUUUACAGUCUAUGGGACAAUCUGUUUAUAUAUAUGAUCUUGGAGGCCGUGUAUUCUAUUGGAACCGAGCUGCUGAAAAACUUUUUGGUUAUUCAGAAGCAGAAGCUUUAGGACAAGAUAUUAUUAAGCUUGUUUGUCAACCUAAGUAUUUCAGGAUUGCAGUUAAUAUAGUUCAUCUGGUUACUGCUGGGGAGAGUUGGGCUGGGUUGUUUCCUAUUAAGAAUAGAAUAGGGGAGAAUAUUUCUGUAGUUGCAACUGUUACUCCUUUUUAUGAUGAAAAUGGUUCUGUGGUGGGAAUCACUUGUGUGACCUGUGAUUCGCGGCCUUUUCAACAAACCAAGUUUGAAUUUUCAGCUGAAAGGCAACCGGAAGGAAAUUCUUCAGCUUUUACCCGGUCUAAAAACGCCAUCACGUUUAAACUUGGUCUUGAUCCUCAGCAGCCUCUGCAAGCUGCAAUUGUAUCAAAAAUAUCAAAUUUGGCGUUCAAGGUGAGCAACAAAGUGAAAUCCAGAAUUAGGACAGGCGAGAAUCGUGUUGAUCCUUAUGAUCAUAAAGAAGACGCAACUCACAGUAGAGUCUGUACAUCUAAGGGAGAUAUGCGGCCACCCACCCAUGGUGUACUUUAUCCUUUUGAUAACGAGUCCACUGUAAUGAACUCUAUAGAUUUUGGUGAUGAGAAUGAAGGAAAACCUGCAAUCCAAAAAUUUACGACCUUUAUAGCUCUGACAGGGAUAUCUUUGCCUUGGAAAGGGAACAGUCAAGAAGAAUCAGAGGCCAAGACUACUCAUUCCAUAAGGCCUUGUGAGGGUAAUGAUCAAGAGAAUGAAACAUUUCUGCUAAAGGGCCCAUAUUUGGGUACAAAACCAGAAGACCAUAUUAAUAAGUACGGUAGACCUAUCAACAAUGACGCAUCAGGUUCUUCAUCAUCUUCUGCUAAUGUUAACAGCACAAGCAGUACCAGCAGCUCGGGGAGUACUGGUGGUAGUCCUGUUAAUAGAGUUGAUAUGGACACUGACUGUGUAGAUUAUGAAAUCUUGUGGGAAGAGUUGACGAUCGGAGAGCAAAUUGGGCGAGGUUCUUGUGGAACGGUAUAUCAUGGUCUGUGGUAUGCAUCAGAUGUUGCUGUCAAGGUAUUCCCGAACCUGGAAUAUUCAGAUGAUGUCAUACAUUCUUUUAGACAGGAGGUUUCUCUGUUGAAAAGACUGCGGCAUCCAAAUGUUCUGCUGUUUAUGGGAGCUGUCACUUCACCUCAACGUCUCUGCAUUGUUACUGAAUUUCUUCAACGUGGGAGUUUGUUUCGAUUGCUACAGAGGAAUGCUGCAAAAUUAGAGAGGAAACGGCGUGUUCAUUUGGCUUUGGAUAUUGCACGAGGCAUGAAUUAUCUUCACCAUUGCAAUCCGACUAUCGUUCAUCGUGAUUUGAAGUCUUCAAAUCUCCUAGUUGAUAAGAAUUGGACUCUGAAGGUUGGCGAUUUUGGUUUGUCACGUCUCAAGCAUGCAACGUUUCUCACUACUAAGACUGGGAAAGGAACGCCUCAAUGGAUGGCGCCAGAAGUUCUUCGCAAUGAACCCUCCGAUGAGAAGUCCGAUAUUUAUAGUUUUGGAGUCAUAUUAUGGGAACUUGCUACUGGGAAGAUACCUUGGGAGAAUCUCAACUCAAUGCAGGUAAUUGGAACUGUCGGGUUCAUGAACCAACGACUUGAGAUUCCGAAGGAUUUAGAUCCACUGUGGGCUUCGAUAAUAGAGAGUUGCUGGCUCAGUGAUCCUCGAAGUCGGCCAACGUUUCUGGAACUGAUGGACAAGCUUAGAGAGCUUCAAAGACGAUGCGCCAUCCAACUUCAGCAAGCCCGUAACUCGGCUGGAGACGGCUCUCAAAAGGGAUCAUGA